UGGAAUAUGGUCGUUGGCCCGUUGCCCUGCUAAUCUCCAUUCUGCAAUAUUUAGAGUUUAGAGCGUGUCUCGAAACUUUGAUUGACAGAGAAUUCAAUUCCUCUGUAGAGUUUUGCAUAGUAGACUCAGUUCGGCUGAGCUCCUCCUCUCGAUUUCCAUAGAUUUAGAGAGAGAGAGAGAGAGACACACAGAGAGUGUAGAAGAGAAACAGAGAGAGAGAGAGAGAGAGGGACAGAGAUGGUGACUUCAUCGGUGGUGAACACGUACCCACUGUCAAGCUACACCUUCGGCACCAAAGAGCCCAAGAUGGAAAAAGAUACCUCCGUCGCUGAUCGCCUCGCUCGCAUGAAAGUCAACUAUAUGAAGGAGGGAAUGAGGACGAGUGUCGAAGGGAUUUUGCUGGUACAGGAACAUAACCAUCCUCACAUACUUCUUCUGCAAAUUGGAAACACUUUCUGCAAACUUCCUGGUGGGCGUUUGAAGCCAGGAGAGAAUGAAAUUGAGGGCUUGAAAAGAAAGCUGACCAGCAAGCUUGGUGCUACUGUACCAGCUCUUGUGCCAGACUGGCAGAUAGGUGAAUGUGUGGCUGUUUGGUGGAGGCCAAACUUUGAAACCAUAAUGUAUCCUUAUUGCCCUCCCCACAUAACAAAACCCAAGGAGUGUAAGAAGCUUUUCAUUGUUCACUUGUCUGAGAGGGAGUACUUUGCAGUCCCCAAAAAUUUGAAACUUCUUGCUGUUCCAUUGUUUGAACUCUAUGAUAACGUUCAGAGAUAUGGACCAGUUAUAUCCACCAUUCCUCAGCAACUCUCCAGAUUCCAGUUCAACAUGAUUGCUAAAUGAGCAUUAGUUUCUAAAGCUCACAUCCUGAUAGCCUGCUUAUAAUUAUCUGAAGUUCGUACCUUUGAUUUAAUUCCAUGGACUACUAGGGCUCAGACCUGAUUAUUACUUCAUAGCUGAAUUUAAGUUGGUUUAGAAGGGGUUUCUCCAGUUAUGCUGAUAAUUGAAGCUUAUCUAUUGACAUGGUCUCUUUGUUUGGUCCUUUAGAAUAUCUAAUGAUGCGUUCUGUGUAAGUGUAGAAUUCUUGUUCCAACAAGGUUUCUGUUGAGUUCUUGGAGUCAUUUACUGUAGUUUAAGUCCAAUGGGUUUACUUUUCAGUGGGAUGGAAUGAGUUAUAACGUUCUGCUUUGCGAUUUCCGACAAUUUUUUUGUAAUUUAAUUGAUUAUGCUUGUAAUAUUAUAGGUGAAAUUAGGGUACAAACAGAGGAGAUAUGUAGCAUGUAUUGUCCAAAGCCUUGUAGCUUAGUCACAUUGCUUGGUCUCCUUUAUAAGGAGAAUCAGGGUCUGAAUCCCCCAUCCCCCACUUGUAACAAUUGAAUUAUCAAAAAAGAUACAUAGCAUGUAUCGGUUGCUUAUGCUUA